CCUGCAGGAAAAGUAGCGGCACUCUGCUCCAGACGACUGAGUGAGACGCAUGCAGGGUUCCGACGUGGAGUAAUACUUUUUUUUUUUCUUUCUUCGAAUGACCGUAACUUCAAGAGGUUAUCUGUAAAGAUAGCCCGACAAGAGUGAAUUAUUCUCAUUUUUAGCCACAGCUUUAACUUGGAAGAGUUGUGACUGUAAGCAAGGACGGCCAGGUUUUUUGCCUCCGCCAGUGGUCCUCAGAGAUGUUUGACAAACAGCCCUACGAGAGUCCACCUGUGUACACCCCACCAUCCAACAAUGGGUUUGGAGCACCAGGCAGCUUCCAUGCUCCUCUGAGUGAUUACAACGCUUACCCUCCUCCGCCGGGAUCUUACUACGUUGAGGACAAGCCACAGCACUUCUACAAAUGGUUGUCGCCUCCAGGGAUUGUGAAAGCUAUGAUGGCUUUUGUCAUCGUGAUGUGUUUGGCCAUAUUCUCCUGUGUGGCCUCCACUCUCAUGUGGGACAUGCAGUAUGCAAAUGGAAUGGGACUAGGAAUGGGCUAUGGCUAUGGAUCUGGCUAUGGUGGUGGAUAUGGAGGAGGCAGCUACGGCUCAGGAUACGGUGGCUUCGGCAGUUAUGGAGGCUAUGGCAGCUACCAGGGUUCCUACAUUUCCCCAUACUCAGCCAAAACGGCAAUGAUUGCCAUGGCAGCCAUCAACUUCAUCGGGGCAUUGGCUUUCUUCAUUGCCAGUUUCUCCAAAGCGAGCGCCAUCCGCAGCAGGAAGUACUUUCUGGCCGUCCUGAUUGCCAGUAUCAUCAUGGCUAUCCUACAGGGCAUCAUAAACAUUGUGUAUAUAUUUGGAGUAAACCCCAUGGCCCAGGGAACGUCCAAUGUGAUAUACAACCCCAUGCUCAUGAUGUGUCAGAGCCUCUACCAGACGGGCUAUUCUCAGAUGGGAGGUGUGGGAGGCUUCCCCCUAUACAACCAGUACCUCUACCAUUACUGCUUUGUGGACCCUCAAGAGGGAGUCGCCAUGGUGUGUGGAUUCCUGAUGGUGAUCGCUCUGGCUGUCGCCGCGUUCUAUGCAAGCAAAACUAGAGGGAAGAUCUGGCGUUAUGGAAAGCCCAACAUCUUCUGGGAUGAGCCUCUGAUUGGCGGGAAGGCAACGGAGGGCAGAGAUGUCGAGGAAUGGGUGAACAAUGUGGAGGAAAACCGUAGUGUUCAGGAUGCCCCAACCCUACUGGUGUCCGAGAAGGGAGGUGGUCUGCUCAAUGCUUCAGCGAACAGUGUCAUCUCCUAUCCCCCGGCCAAGCUGGACAGCGGCUCUUUCAACGGGGACACCUACGACAACAAUGAAUACUCCGAGAGGACCCUCUAUCGAGCGUCAGAGGCUUUAUCCCAUGGGAGGACCAGCUCCAGUCCAUCAGAGGAGACUGGCGGGGGCCGUAAACCCUCUGCUAACAGGGCCAAGCGACGCAGACGUAACCCUGACAUGGACGAGUCUCAGUAUGAGACGGAGUACACCACAGGAGCAGAGACAGGCAACGAGCUCGAUACGGACGAGUGGGAGAGCGUGUACCCUGACAUUACAUCUGAUGAACAGCGUCACAACUAUAAGUCCGAGUUUGAUGCUGACCUCAGGGAGUACAAGCGCAUGUGCGCAGACAUGGACGAUAUCAACGAUCAGAUCAACAAACUUAGCAGGCAGUUGGACACACUGGAUGAGAACUCUGUUAACUACCAGGGUGUAGCAGAGGAAUAUAAUCAUCUGAAAGACUUUAAGCGGACACCAGAGUACCAGUCUAAGAAGAAAGAGUGUCGCAGGCUGAGACACAAACUGUUCCACAUCAAGCGCAUGGUGAAAAACUACGACAAGAGCCACUCAUAGACUUACGCCAUCUUGACACCACUCUGCAACCACUCCAAAAUGGUUCACCCAUUCUCUGCUAUGCUUGGACCACAGUUACUGGCUUACUGGAACAGACACUGACACCACAGGGAACAUAUUGGAUGUUGUAUUGAUGUAAUAAUAAUCUACAAUACUAUUUUGCUCUGAUUUUAUGCUAGUCAUUUAUGUGAAGGGAGCAGACAAAUGACGCUUUUCUGGUUGCCUCACAUUAACGAGAUGGAGAACAUGUCACUUUUUAACCUUCAUUAUGGUAAUAAUUCUUCGAACUUGUAAAUUUUUUUAAUUAAACUGGAUGCUGAAUACCAGAAUCAGUGACACCAAAAAAGGGGAUAUUUUGGACCGCUUGUUGGACUGUAAAUAAUCUCAAUACUGUUUAUUCUCCAUGAAUAUUUCUGUGAUGAUUUGUGUGUUUGUGUUCUGCGGGAGUCAAAGGAACAACUGUAAGUACUGCGUCUAUUUCUGAUGUCAUCUUUGAACUGGAAUUGUUUGUUCUCAAAUAAGUUGUUUAUACGCAUUUCUAAAAAGAACAAUGCCUGUGACUAAUAACCUAUGCAAAUAUUUGUAUAAAGUUACUUCAAGGCCAAUGAAAAUGACAUGUUUUUGUACGGAUCAAUGUAAUGCAUAAUGUUACAAUCAAUUCCGGUGUGAUCUGUUGUAAAC